AUGAGCUCGAACGUCGAUUCCGCCGAAACGCAGACUGUAGUGAAGAAGCAGAAGAAGCAGAAGCCUGCCCGCAAGCAAGUCAAGCCUGGCGAGGUAGAGAAAAAGGAGGCACCGCAGACUGGGAAGGAGUACAAUAUCUGGUACAACAAAUGGGCAGGAGGUGACCGUGAGGACAGCUACUCAAACAAAACGAAGUCGCAGACACGCUGUAACAUUCGCAAAGAUUCUGGGCUCACUCGCGCAGACACAACAGGGGUGAAGUACUGCUGCCUUUUCUUCUCGCGCGGUUGCUGCCCGUACGGCUGGGAGUGUGAGUACUUGCACACACUCCCGGACGCGUCUAAAGCGCUGCCCGACACGUCCAAGGACUGCUUCGCGCGCGACAAAUUCUCAGACUACCGUGACGACAUGGGCGGCGUGGGUAGCUUCACGCGGCAGAAUAGGACGCUAUACAUCGGGCGGAUCAAGGAGACGGGCACCGGUGUUGAGACGGAGGAGGUCGUGCGGCGGCAUUUUAAGGAAUGGGGAGAGAUCGAAAAGAUUCGAGUGCUGCAGUACCGCAGCGUCGCAUUCGUGACGUAUGUAUCGGAAUCCCACGCUCAGUUCGCCAAGGAGGCUAUGGCGUGCCAGUCGUUAGACAAUGACGAGAUCCUCAACGUCCGCUGGGCGACCGAGGACCCCAACCCCGUCUCGAAAGUGACUGAAAAGCAGCGGCUAGAGGAGAUCGGGCGCGAAGCCAUCCAGGCCCGAAUGGACCCCCGGAUCGUGGACGCGAUGAGAGCAGUGCGGGCUCUGGAAGACGGAGACGGGUUGGAUGAUGAGGAGGAAACCGUGGAUGGUGAAGGGGAGGCCGAACCACAGGCGAAGAGGCGGAGACUGGAGAUUGAGGAUGCUCGGGAUACACCUCCCGAGGUUGAGCCCGUUCCAAAGCAGGAGCAGCCGCAGCAACCGACAGGACUGCUAAGUGCGGAUACCCUGGAGGGUUUGAAGUAUUUUGCAGAGAUUCGGAAGCGAAAUGCACUGGCUAACAACCCAGUAAAGGUGGCUGCUGUGCCACCACCAAGAGGUUUGGGCCUCGCAGACUACGGUAGCGACGACGAGUAA